CCUAGACCUCCACAGUCACGAAUGCAUAGCAGUGCUCUGGCGAGGGAAGAAAAGUUCAUUCUGAGUCCUGCACAUGGCGGGAAAAACGCAAAGAGUCAACACUCAUGCUCUCGCUCUCGCGAUGGAGCCGACCAUUUCAGCCUCCACCAUCUCCGUGCGUUGAGCAGAGGCAGGUAAGAGUGUCGUCACUGGACCUCUCCACAGGUACGCAUACGGCAGACAUUUCAGGGCUAGGGAUUGAAUCGACGGAUACGAGACUGGAAAGUGGGGAUGGUUCAAUGAGGAUCAUCAAUGCUAUCAGGGGAAGUCAUGGAACCCAGGUGGAGAGAAGUCAGCAAGGUCCGCCGUCAGAGGUGGGACCGUCAAAAAAGACGAACGGCGUGCGGUCGGAAUGCUAAGAUAGGAGCGCAAUCCCGCGAAUCAGCGAAAUCUGCAAAGCGAUGAAAAUGUCGAGGAAGGAAUCCCAUCAAGCAAAGCAAAUGGCAAUCAAAUCGCCCCGCAAGCGACUGGCACUGGACGACGUCGCUUUCUGCAGCCUAGCUGUCAUUUACGGAUUGUUCAUCGUCACCGCUCCGAUUGCGUUGACUUUAGCGCUCAGCGAAGCUACUCAUGCCAUCUUGCACAUCAAGGUUCUCUUCGGCCUGGGAACGCAGUACACGGCCAAGGAAUUGGAAAGCCGUCGAUACUAUUUCAUCAGCGAUCUCUUCUCGGCGCUGCUGGCGUUCAUCGUCAUCAAAGAUCAGGGGUUGGCUCCAAGUUCCAUGUGGGAGAACGUGCUAGCGAUGUUAGAGGCGGGCCAUUUUCUGCUCCACUUGGUCUACAUCACUUUGUGGGAUAGUGAUUGCUCGCUUGUGAAGAGGAUUAGGGAAUGGAGUGCCGAGCCGUCUCUCAGGUGUUGAUGGGAAAUGCAAGGGGUCUCGCAUUGGGUUCAGAGCGUUGGGACGGCGUAUGAUGUUGUGACGCAUCUAGCGUUGUGCAGUACUGUGUUUGCGAAGUAUUUGCUGUAUAUGUAGCGAGUGGAUCGGGGAUAUCUGGCCGUAGCUUCUAUGAG